UAAUGUUGCAUAACUGAUCCUGAUCCUUAGAUCCACGCCACAGUGCAUACGCAAGAGUAUAGUGGCCCCACUAUAUAGUUCAGUACACGCCAGCGCGUCAGCAGCCCUCCUUAGUUUCUUUACUGUCACUAGUUAUAUACCACGUUAAGUUACCAGUAUCACAACACCUGGUAGCAUCACCUAACUUUGCACGUUACUCCAAUCGGCGUUGAUUGGUAAUAGCCAUGAUGAAGCUAUCUACAGCCGACUUCUCCCGGGCCUUCAAUACGGCGGUCAACUGGGCACAAGCAAAUGGGAAGUUCACCGGAACUAAGGUAUCAAUGUCCCUGACACGCUGGAAGCGUGACAUGAUGGAUAUGUUCGAGGGACUUUGCGUAACGGAUGAGAGAGACCGGUUCAAGUUAGCCAGUGCAACGAUUUCACCGGAGCUACGGGAUGCCUGGGCGUCAUACCAGGAUAGUCACAAUACGGGCGUCGUAAAUGAAACGAUGAAGCUACAGGACUCCUUCUCCGACCUGUAUGAUUUCCUCGACUCUCGGGAGGCAGCAUCUGGAGAUUCAGUGAUUGCGCUGAGCAAGUUACAGCAGCUGACACUUGCUGAAGGUGCUGAGUCGACAAACGAGUUCAACACACGUUUCGACCAACUGGCGCGCCAAGCAGGGAUUAAGAGCGAUGCACUACUAGCUGACCAGUAUGUCCUAUGCUUACCGUUGGCAAUGCGGACCUCUGUUAUGCGGAGCUCGGACAAGUCUCUCAUCAGUAGGAAGGCGGCCGCACUCCAAGAACUACAGUUUGCUCGCCACUCUGCAACCACGCACAACACUACAAGGUCGAGCAUCACAGGCUCAGCCACGGAUGGUGAGCCUAUGGAGGUGGACAACUUGAAGGUGCGCGCAGCGAAGACCCGCUCACAGAAAACCAUGGGAUAUCGUGGAGGCUCAAGUAUGCUAUUCGACCGCGUUAAAGGCUGGGUGACAUAUGACGAGUUCACUGCACGCCUGAAGGCACGCAAGUGCAUCGCAUGUGGCCAUGAGGGACACAUACUUCGCCAGUGUGAUGUAGCUCGCCAAAAGGGUGCAACAGGCAACAAGAACACAGCACGAGUCAACCAGCUCAAUAUGAAGAAUGGUAACGAGUCUGAUGACUCAUUCUCAGGGAGCCCCUUGGGAAAAGAGUAGGCGGACCCGCCCAUGCAAGCACCAGAUCCGCACCUGCAGUGGCCAGCAUGAAGAUUUCAAUAAAUGCUGCGUUCCACUCUUCAAGACUUGCCUCAAACCAAUUGCUGUUGGCCUGCACAGUAAAAGGGCGAAACUACCAUGCUCUUGUGGACACGGGAUCACAGGGUACCUGCGUAUCGCCACGGCUAGCA